AUGGCGGCAACCGCAUGUUCCACAUCGGUCACACCUGGGGCAGGAAGUAGCAGCCUCGGUGGUGGAGGAGGAGGUGGAGGAAUGACAAGCAUCAGCACUGGAGGUGGAAUGGGUGGUAGUGGAGGCGGCAGUAGUAGCAGCGGAAGCAAACGUUCUCGACUGAAUUUAGAAUCCAAAUGCUCCUCGUUGCGGAAACACCUGAGUAAGUCGGCGUCGGAGCUCAGCUGCAACGACUGCGGCGGUUCCGGUGACUCUCCGCAGUCUUCGCCGCAGCGGGCCCGUUCGGCAAAUGUUCCCACCAUACCGGCCGGAGUUAUACAACGAACGCACGGAUUUUUUAACACACUAAGGCACCGAUGGUCACGGGGGCGCAGUAAGGAAAGACUACGCGGGUCACUCGGCCAGGAGCUCGAGGGUCGUCGGGACAGCCAAAGCGACUACGCAGCCGACAACAGUUCGGCAGAGCAUAGCAGCUCGGCUACACCUCAUCAAUCGCCUCGCCAUCGUGCACAGACACUCGGGGAUUCGCCACUGGCCAAAGGAGCGGCAGAGAGGAAUGCAACGAUGAGUGGUACGGGAGGGGUGGGGUCGAUCAGUGAGGGGGCGUCUACGUCCGGUGUAGCUAGCGUACUCAAGGUGCUCACAACGAAGGUGGACAUCGAAACGACGGCAGGACCUAGCGGGCUGGGACAUUUGACAAUCGGAGGACUGCCGAAGGUUUCAGAAAUUCCCGGACCUAGCGGGACAUCCGGUUUGAGUCCCGCCGAUGAACAGCAACGAAGGCGAGAAACGCAGCUAAGGCAACACUCCUUCUUCCAGCUCCGAGUUCAUCUGAUCAGUGGCCAUGGACUGGUGGCAAUGGAUAAGAGCGGAACGAGUGAUCCUUACGUCAAGUUUAAAGUUGGAGGACGUUUGCUGUACAAAUCGAAAACCGUUCAUAAAGACCUAAACCCGACGUGGGACGAAACGUUCGUCGUGCCAGUGGAAGAUCCCUUUCAGCCUAUAGUAAUUAAGGUAUUUGACUAUGACUGGGGCCUUCAGGAUGAUUUCAUGGGCUCGGCCAAGCUGCACCUCACCUCGCUGGAACUUAGCCGAGCGGAAGACCUCACGAUCAAGCUCGAAGAUGCCCAACGAGCAUCUAAAGACCUCGGAGAGUUAAAACUCAGCGUCACCCUAUGGCCAAAGACGCAAGAGGACAAAGAGCAAUACUUUCAGCGCAAUCCGAAGCUGGCCGAUGCGUCACGCCGUCUCAAGUCGCAGAUCUGGAGCUCAGUCGUCACUAUCGUGCUGAUCGAAGCGAAAGGACUCCCACCGGAUGCUGAAAAUGGCCUCAACGAUAUCUAUGUCCGAUUUAGGCUAGGGAACGAGAAGUACAAGUCUAAAAUUGCUUACCGCGCACGUUGGCUGGAGCAAUUUGAUCUGCACCUUUUCGACGAUGACCAGCUGCUGGAACUGAUCGUAUGCGGGAAGUACAACACCUACGGUAAAUGUACGAUCGAUUUGCGAAGUUUACCUCGCGAGCGUACGCACGGCAUUUGGCAACCGCUGGAAGAGUGUACGGGCGAGGUCCAUCUCAUGCUGACAAUCAGUGGGACGACGGCUUCGGAAACCAUUACCGAUCUGACGGCCUACAAAGAGGAUUCCAAGGAGCGUGCACUCGUCCAAAGUCGAUACAUAUGGCACAAAUCGCUACAAAACAUGCGUGACAUUGGUCAUCUCACGGUGAAGGUGUUCGGAGCGACCGGUCUGGCGGCAGCGGACAUCGGCGGUAAAUCCGACCCGUUCGUGGUGCUGGAGCUAAUCAACGCUCGACUGCAGACGCAAACCGAAUACAAAACGCUCACACCAAAUUGGAACAAAAUCUUCACCUUUAACGUAAAAGACAUGUCCUCGGUGCUGGAAAUCACCGUGUACGACGAGGACCGUGACCACAAGGUGGAGUUCCUGGGUAAAGUCGUCAUCCCGCUGCUACGGAUACGCAACGGUGAAAAGCGCUGGUACGCGCUGAAAGACAAAAAGAUGUACACCCGCGCCAAAGGCACCCAGCCUCAGAUUCUGCUGGAAAUGACGGUCAUGUGGAACAAACUGCGAGCGGCACUGCGAGUUCUCGAGCCGAAGGAGGAAAAGCUGGUACAGCAGGAGGCCAAGUUCAAGCGGCAGCUCUUCCUGCGCAACGUCACCCGACUGAAGGCCGUCAUUAUGUACUUUAUCGAAGUGGGACAGUUCGUGCAGAGCUGCUUCGAGUGGGAAUCUCCGAUACGGUCGUUUAUAGCGCUGGUUUUAUGGGUUUGUGGAUGCAUCUGGUUCGAUAUCUCCACCAUACCGGCGGUCGCCCUGCUGUAUUUGCUGAAGAACUGGUUAAUUCGAUGGCUUACAGGAAGCUCGUCCCAAUCGACGGCGGACGAGUACGAUGUGGCGAGCGAUGAUGAAGACGAGGAGGACAAGGAAAAGGAGGAGAAGAAAACAAUCAAGGAACGGCUGCAAGCCAUACAGGAGGUGUCGCAGAGUGUACAGAAUACGAUCGGAUUCUUAGCAUCGCUGGGAGAGAGUGUUAAAAACACUUUCAACUUUUCCGUGCCAGAGCUCAGUUGGUUGACGGCUCUGUUGCUGCUGGCCGCCUGUCUCGUACUGCACUACGUCCCUAUCAGGGUGCUGCUACUGCUGUGGGGUUUGGUUAAGUUCAGCCGAAGAAUCAUUCGGCCACACAGUGUGCCCAACAACGAGGUGCUAGACCUUCUAUCUCGCGUUCCCGACGAUGAGGAAAUUAUCAUGUGGCGUGAAUUACCCCUACAUUCGACGCCCGAACUGGCCCGGCGGGAUCCGCGAAAGAAGCAUAAAGUGUCGUAA